AUGGUCGCAGUUCCCUUCUCGCUGCCCAAGCGGUCGCCGGCCAAGUCGCCGCUCAAAACGAUUUUGCUCACGAGCGCCAUCUCGGGCGGCCCCAUCGAGCUCGACGUGCUGCAAGUCGUCCGCAUGGAGCUGGAAGAGGGCGCUGCGUCGCGCCGAGCACGCUUCGAGUUUGAUAAGCACAACCCGCAGCAGCAAGCCGAGGCAUUCGACUGCCUCUACGAAAACACCGAGAACCAGCACGUCUUCAACCACUGGUGAUCACGUCUCUCCCAAUAGUGCACUCCAUAUUUAAUGUUAUCUUGGUUACUUUUGACUCUGCUC